AUGCCUUCUAGACUUGUUGCCUGGGAUCGACUUGUGCGCUACAUCCCCUCUAGUGGUGAAGCCGAAAUCAGAUAUGGAGAGCCUCUUCUUGAGAAAGAUUCAGAUGUGGACUCCAUUGCACAGCUAGCGCAAGACGGCAAGCUCCAAGUCAAAAUGCUAGAGGGCCAAGACAUCUGGAGCGCAAGGCCAACAGAUAGGGUUGAGACUGUUGGACAGCUUUUGGGACCACUCGAAGCUGGAACAGUGCCCAUCAUCCGAUGUAUCGGGCUCAACUACAAAACGCACAUCCUGGAAACUGGUCGCCCUCUGCCAACCUGUCCAACUGUCUUCACGAAGCCCAGCCCUUCAGUGGCUGACCACGGAGAAGAUAUCCCUAUCCCCAAGAUAGCGCAGGAGCAGUGCGACUACGAGGGCGAGCUUGUCGUGCUAAUUGGGAAGGAUGCCAAAAACGUGUCAGCGACCGAUGCACUGCAAUACGUUGCCGGAUAUACGGCCGGCAAUGAUGUCAGUGCGCGCGAUUGGCAGCGAGAGGUAGGCAAAGCGGGACCUGUUCCGCAGUGGACGUUUAGCAAGUCUUUCGACAAGUAUGCGCCGCUCGGUCCUUGUCUCGUGGCUUCCCAUGUUCUCGGUGACGCGCACGGCCUGUCUUUGAAGACGUUUGUCAAUGGGGAACUGAGGCAGAAUACGAAUACGUCGGACCUGUGCUUCGGCGUGGCGAAAUUGGUCGAGUUUUGUAGUCAAGGACAAACUUUGCAGAAAGGAUCUCUGAUAAUGACUGGGACUCCAGGUGGAGUAGGAUUGUUUAUGAAACCCCAAGCCUUCUUGAAGGACGGCGAUCUGGUUGAGGUAGAGAUUGGGAAGAUUGGUAGAGUAAGCAACCAUAUGAAAUUUGAAUAG